UCGAGCUUCUUCUAACUAUAAUAUAAUAUAUACUAAGCUUUAGAAAAAAUUAAUGGAGCCAAUUGGAGCAAGUUUGGAAGGUGAAUGGAGUUCUCUAAGCGGAAUGUACACUAACGAUGAGGCGGAUUUCAUGGCGCAAUUGCUCGGAAAUUGCCUCGAUUCGAGUUCGAGUUUCGGAGUUUCGUCAUCUUGUAAUAAUUUUUGGUCUACUAAUAACGAUAACAAUAAUAAUAAUAAUACUAAUGUGUAUAAUUUUUCACAAGGAAGUAGUAGUUGUAGUGGUGGGAGCAAUUUUCUUUUUUCUGCUUCAUCAAGUCAUCAAGAUUUAAUGUCGAUGGAUUUAUACUUGGGAGAUGUGAAUAACACGGCGUCGUAUCUCAUCGGAGGCGAAGAUUGCUCGAAUCAAGAAACGAGUAAUGGUAAUAAUGGCGGUGUUGAAGAAUUAUCCGGCUUGCCGGAUAAUAACUUGCAACUCAAGAAAGAAGAUGACAUUGCAGUAGCAGAAUUGCCUUUAAUGGAAGAUAAAAGUGGCAGUCAGAUUUUGAAGAAGCGAUCACGCAAUGCAGUUGAUAAGAACAAGAGAAAUGUUAGGCCAAGAAAGAAUCAGAAACUUGUUUCAAGCAGUAGCAACAUUGAUGAAGAAACCAAUGGCGGUCAUAACGGUCCGGCUUCGAGCAGUUGCUGCUCGGAGGACGACUCGAAUGCGUCUCAGGAACUAGGUGCUAGUUCAAGUUUGAGCUCUAAAGGGACCUUAGCUCUUAACUCCAAUGGCAAAACAAGAGCUAGCCGCGGCGCGGCCACUGAUCCUCAGAGCAUAUAUGCAAGGAAAAGAAGAGAAAGAAUUAAUGAGAGGCUUAAGGUUUUGCAGAACCUUGUUCCUAAUGGUACAAAGGUCGAUAUUAGCACAAUGCUUGAAGAAGCAGUCGCAUAUGUGAAGUUCUUGCAGCUCCAAAUUAAGCUUCUAAGCUCUGAUGAUCUAUGGAUGUAUGCACCAAUUGCUUACAAUGGAAUGGACAUUGGACUCGAUCUCAAGCUCAAUUCACUAACACGAUGAUGAUUAAAAUUUGGAGAAAAGGAAGAUUUGGUGCUUCAAAUUUCUGUCAAUAAUAUAUAAUUUUAAGUUAUAGAUAACAGUAAAAUAAAGUCAUUGAGAUUUCGUAUAACGGUGGCUUAUUGUGUAUAGGUUUAGAAACCCUCUUAAGGAAAAAUGCAAGAGGAGGCAAAUUUAUUAAUUAAAUCAUUUAUGUUAUUAGUUGAAAUUAUUUGAGGAGAGAUGGCUAUUGUGUAAAACUUUAUUCUUUCUGAGGAUAAUUGUAAUUCGGUUAUAAUAGAAGAAUUUUAACGAAAUUA